AUGGAUAAAUUCCGGAUGAUCUUCCAGUUCCUUCAGUCCAAUCAGGAGUCCUUCAUGAACGGGAUCUGUGGAAUCAUGGCCCUGGCCAGUGCCCAGAUCUACUCGGCCUUCGACUUCAACUGCCCCUGCCUGCCCGGCUACAACCUGGCUUACAGCGCGGGCAUCCUCCUGGCGCCCCCGGCCGUGCUCUUCCUGCUGGGCCUGGUCAUGAACAACAACGUGUCCGUACUGGCCGAGGAGUGGAAACGGCCGCCGGGCCAGCGGGGCAAGGACCCUGCCGUGCUGCGCUAUAUGUUCUGCUCUAUGGCUCAGCGGGCCUUGAUCGCCCCCGUCGUCUGGAUCUCCGUCACCCUGCUGGAUGGCAAGUGCUUCGUGUGUGCCUUCAGCACGGCCGUGCCCGUGGAGGCCCUGGGCAAUGCCAGCCACCCGGGGCUGGCGGAGCGGGAGCUGGGCAAGGUGCUGGCACGGAUUCCCUGCCAGGAGAUCUACGACGGGAACCAGCUGCUGGCCAGGGGGGUGGCCGUGCGCUAUCUGCGCUGCAUCUCCCAGGCUCUGGGCUGGUCCUUUGUGCUGCUGAUGACACUAUUGGCAUUUGUGGUGCGCUCCGUUCGGCCCUGCUUCACCCAGGCGGCUUUCCUCAAGAGCAAGUACUGGUCCCAUUACAUCGACAUCGAGCGCAAGCUCUUCGACGAAACCUGCACGGAGCACGCCAAGACCUUUGCCAAGGUCUGCAUCCAGCAGUUCUUUGAGGCCAUGAACCAGGACCUGGCCCUGGGCCACUCCCACCCGCCCCCACCCAAGCCCGCCCCAGAGGCAGAGGGCGAGAAGGAGAAGCUGCGGGGCAUCACGGACCAAGGCGCCAUGAACAAACUGCUCAAGAGCUGGCACAAGUGCAAGCCGCCUCUCUGCCUGGACCAGGACGGGCUCCUCACCAGGAACGGCUGGACCAGAGUGGGAUUGGGGGAGGAACUCAGCCAGAUCCCCGCUCCCAGAAAGGAGGUGGCCGUAUACUACAGUAAGGUGUGA